AUGGAUGGUGAUACCGUUUUCGUUAAUAGGCCACCCACAACACACAAGCACUCCCUCCAAGCCUUAUCAGUGUAUGUCCAUGAUGAUCACACUGUAAAGAUCAACCCCCUCAUAUGUGGUCCCCUUAGUGCUGAUUUUGAUGGGGACUGCAUUCAUUUGUUUUACCCUCAGUCCCUUGCUGCCAAAGCAGAGGUUGUGGAGCUCUUCUCUGUAGGGAAACAGUUACUGAGUUCACACACUGGUAACUUCAAUUUGCAGCUUGCCACUGACUCAUUGCUGUCAUUGAAGUUAAUGUUCUCAAAGUAUUUCUUCGAUAGAGAAGCUGCCCAACAGUUAGCAAUGUUUCUUCAGAUGGCCUUACCUGAUCCUGCACUAGUAGAUGUUCGUAAAUCAGGUACCAUGUGGACUGCCUUACAGAUCUUGGGGACUGCCUUACCUGAUGGCCUUGAUAGUUGUGGGGAGACACAUACAAUUGGGAAAAGUCAGUUCUUGGGGAUCGAGUACAACAAGGACUUGCUUUCAUCCAUUCUGAAUGAUGUUAUCACAUCUAUCUAUUUUAUGAAGGGGCCAAAUGAUGUGCUGAAGUUUUUCAAUUCUUUACAGCCUCUAUUAAUGGAGAAUCUGUGCACAGAAGGUUUUAGUGUUAGUCUCCGAGAUUUUUACACGUCAAAGGCUGUUAGGGAUGGUAUCCAGGAAAGAGUUCAGUGCAUGUCCAAGUUGUUGCAUCACUUGCGGUCAUCCUAUAAUGAGUCUGUGGAAGUACAAUUAGAACAUCACUUGCGUAAUGAGAAACUUCCAGUUAUUGACUUUGUGCACAAGUCAUCUGGCAUUGGUGUUCUAAUUGAUUCCAAGAGUGAAUCUGCCCUUAAUAAGGUGGUUCAACAAAUUGGGUUUUUAGGCAUGCAAAUAUCCGACAGAGGAAAAUUUUACUCUAAAACAUUGGUAAAUGACAUGGCUCGACUGUUUCAGAAGAAGUAUCCUUCUGCUGGUAGUAACCCUUCGGAGGAAUUUGGGUUGGUUGGAAGCU